AUGAAGCACGCCUUCAGUCGCCUAGAAACCAAGGUGAACUACGCCCUUGGUAAGAUCGAGAAAACUGAAUACGAUGAGCGAUUGAAAUUUGGCAUGAAAAAGUUUGAAAAGUUGAAGGAAGAAACGAACCAAAUGAAAACUGCCAUUAAGAAUAUGUUACCUAAAGACAGGGAGCAAACAAAAAUCGAGCAUCUGGCUGAAACCCUCAGCCGUAUAGCAGGACAGCAGGAAUCUGGAACAAAGCUUGCAAAGAUACAGGAGAAGUUUGGAGAAUGCACGCUAAACAUAGGCAAAGAGGAACGUCAGAUGGCCAGAACUGUUGACUCUAAAACUUUGGCCGGAUUGGAUGGAUUGCUGAAAGUCGAAUUUAAUGCCUACAAGAAAAAGAAAGACCAACUGGAAAAGGCAAGGGUUGAUAUGGACCGUCUACAUGCAAAGGUUAUGCGCACACCCUCAGAUGAUCCCAACUACCGUCAACUUAAGAGGGAGGAAACAGUGGCGCGCGAGAACUUCGACGCAAGAAGAAAGGACGUGCUGAGCAUUGUGGACAAAACCGUAAAAUUCGAGAAAGAUAUACAAAAGUACCUCAUUGCUCUUGCCAAGGCUCAGCAACGGUUUUAUGCAACGGCCGCGGAAAUUUAUGAUCGCUUUGCGAAGGAGUUCGACAAACACGAAGAACAACGGUCAAAGUGA